AUGGACGUUGAACCGCGAAACUUCGAAUACAAUGAAAGUAGCCAGAGAGUCGUGUUUGGCAAAGGCGUUCUCGCUAAGCUACCCACUGAGGUUGCGGCGCUUGGCUGUAAGGCGCCAUUGCUGUUGACAACUCCCCAGCAAGCCACGGCCGUUCAAGAUCUUACCAAGAUACUGAAUGGUCAUGUUGCGGGUUCUUUCACCCGUGCCACAAUGCACACCCCAACCGAUGUUACAGAAGAGGCACUGGUAUAUACGAAGACUACGAAUGCGGACUGUCUCUUAUCAAUUGGUGGUGGAAGCACGGUUGGCCUGGGCAAAGCGUUGUCUCUUCGGACUGGCUUGCCUCACAUCUGCGUCGCAACAACAUAUGCUGGAAGCGAGAUGACACCCAUCUUGGGUGAAACCAACAAUAACCAAAAGGUGACUCGUGUUGACCGGGCAGUGAUUCCUAAGGUAGUCAUCUACGAUGUCAAUCUCACUUUAAGUCUGCCCACGGGCAUGAGUGCAACAAGUGGCCUUAAUGCAAUGGCGCAUGCUGUCGAGGCUCUAUAUGCAAAAGAUACGAGCCCAAUCGUUCGCCUAUUUGCCCUCGAGGGAAUUCGAUCCUUGGCCUCUUCGCUGCCUGGAGUGGUGGACAACUCUCAAUCAAUUGCCUUCCGUUCAGACGCUCUACUCGGCGCUUGGUUAUGUGGCGGGACUUUCAAUUUACCGCAUGCCGAAACCCACGCCAUUAUCCUGCCUCAUGCGCUCGCCUACAUAGCGCCUGAGAUUCCGCAAGUCAUGAAGGACCUUGCAGAAAUUAUCCCAAAUAGUGAAGGGGAUGCCAUUCAAGGACUGAAUAGAUUACUGUCCAAGUUGGGAGUUCCACCGAGCCUGAAGGCUCUGGGCAUGAAGGAGGAGGGUAUUGAGCUGGCUACGGAUAACCUGAUGAAGGCCUCGUUUUGGAACCCUCGACCGCUCAAUAGAGAUUCAAUGCAGAAGAUGAUACGGCGGGCAUGGCUAGGAGAACAGGCUUGUGUAGACCUUUAG